ACCUACAUCAUGGAGAUCAAAGCCUGGCACCACUAGAAACAUUCCUGCUUUAAUUUUUGUAAACCGGCUAAUGGUGACCAGUUGAGUUGGUUGAAGCAGUCGAAGCAGUAGGCGAGCAGUGUUGUGUGCACUUUAAACUGUCAGUUGAAAUAAUUAUUGUCUAGGAUUUCCAGAUGAGUUUAGAACACGUUUUUCAUAUUAAAUAAUCCACAAUGAAGAACAAGCCAACACGUCACAAGGAAUCUAAUACUUUUAAGUUUAAACCGUUCUCAGAACGGAUAGCUGACAUAGAUGUUGAUGUAUUUCAUCGCGUCUCACACCGCAAUGAGGAAACAGAUGAUGACGAGAUCGAAACACAUUUUCACAUUGCCCUACAAAAAUGGAAUGUUCUUAAUCUUACCGAAAACUAUACUAAUUUCAAGAAAGAAGUUCAAGGCAUUGUUACUUUGCCACAACUUCUCCAUAGCAAGAUUCAAGUCAUCGAUGCACUUCUCAAAUAUCUCAAUCUCAAAGACAUUCUGUGUCUUCAACCGAUCCUAGAAUUGGUAGUUGCAGCAGCGCGCGAUCUUCAGAAAGAAUUCUAUGAAUAUUUUCCACAAUUUUUAUCAGUUUUAAUAGAGUUACUCUCUACCAACGAUGCGGAACAAUUGGAAUACACCUUUACAGCUCUUGCUUAUCUGUUCAAAUUUCUAUGGCGAUACUUAAUAAGAAAUGUUGACAAAGUCUUCAAGCUGUUAUUACCAUUACUGGCUGAGUCCAAGCCAACUUAUAUCAACAACUUUGCUGCCGAAAGUUUUUCGUAUGUUGUUAGAAAAGUCAAGGACAAAAAUGUCUUUUUGAAACUAGUAUUAAAAGCUCUUGCUAAACAACCGGAUGGAGUAUCGGGAUGCGGAAAGUUGUUAUUUCAAGUAAUCCAGGGUACACCUGGCCAGUUUCAUUCUUGCGCAGAACAAAUGCUGCUGCUUUACUUUGAAAGUUUACAGGAUCAGAUGAUUGAUCAGCAGCUUCUAUUUAAUGUUCUUCAGCAAAUAAUCGACUGUUUUGUGAACUCUAUAGACCCUCAGAAGUCUGAAAUUUUCUGGAACGUAACGUUACGACUGAUGGAACAGUUUGUGAAAGUUCAAAGAAAUACAGAUGCAAAUGUUGUUCACUUAUCGCCGGCAAGAAGCAAAGAUGCAUUAUGUUUGCUGAAUAAUUUGCUGUUGGAAGUCGUGAAUCACAGAGAUGGAAGGAUGCUUGUUGAUCCUAACCCAUUGGUUAAUCAGCUAGUAGAAUCCUUUGACUUAUUCAAUGGUGAUGAAAAUAGUAAAGUAAUCAUUGAAGGAUUAGCUAAACUUUCCAGCUCAGUUUUAUUGGCAUCAAAUGUGAAACUCACGCAAGAAAUAUCAAAUAAGCUUGUGCUGAAAAUUCUCUCCAUAUUGGACUUGGAAAUAUUGCAUGAAGUUAUUGAACAACUGAUCAAUUACUCGUCUUUCGAAACGUUGGUGCUGCCCCAUUUGUUAAAUUAUAGUUUGAAAAGUAAUUUCAACAGCCAUAUUCUCCGCCUCUUUGCCAAAAUAAUAAUAACCAAAUCACGUCUGUGUCUAAACGGUAUAAGAUUGAAAGAAUGGAAGAAAUAUAAUUUGAACAUGCGAAAUAUUACUAGCGAUAGUCUCAAGAACUUGGAGAAAGAAUUGGCAACUUUAAACGAUGACGUUGUCUCAACAGACUGUUUGAGAAUAUUGAUAAUUUUACCUCAUUUAAAUCCAUUGCCCAAAAUCUUAGAAGAAACUCUGAAGAAAUCUACUGUAUCUUUGUACAAAAGAUUAUCUGUCUGUGAUAGCGCUGAUGGUGGCAAACAACUCAAUGCCCUGAGCUUCAUAUUUCUGUUGUCAAUCGAAACGGUUAUUCAUAUUAUGGAACCAAACGAAUUUUAUGAGUACAUCACCAAAAAUGACAUACAUCUAUCCGAUUUGAUAUCAAAUUAUUCAACUGUUAGAAACGCAGUAUUUGCUGUAGAUUUAUGUCUCUCUCAUAUUCUGAAUUCAGACUCCAGAGAUGAUAUCAUAAACGUGAAAACGUUUGACUUGUUGAAUGAAAAUUGGGCAGAGCUUCUGGGAUCUCCAUACCACAAAGAUAGACUCGUGGUAGCCCAUGCGUAUUCCCUAUUCAGCAAAGCUCAGGACCUUGUUGAAAUCGAUGAAAACGUCAGCAAAAAUCCCUUGGAAUUACCAUAUUCUGCUGAAGUCGAACCAGCUACAGUUCACACGUACAGAGACAGAUUGCUGCAAUUACAAGGUCUUGCUUACGAAAGUACAGCACUUCGAAGUUUGGAUGAAAAAUAUUUGAAAUUUCCUUUACACUAUCUCCUAGGAAAUUUAUACGUAAAUUUCUCUUUGCUAUGGGAUCCAACAAUGAAGUUGAUUGCAUCAUAUGCGCGUAAGCAAUGUGAUUCUUUUUGGCCUAUAUUUUUAUCAAAAUUGACAAAUGUGACCAUUUCGGAUGAACCGCGGAUAAGUAUGCAGCCUACCUUUGAAUGUGACGUUACUUCAUCCUUGGUGACUGAAAUUUUUCAAAACGAUGACAAACCUGAUUACAACAACUAUAACUUGCUCAUAUGGAAAUGCAUGGCUUUGUUCUCCGACUUUUGCGAAAUGAAAAACAGAGACUACACUGGAUUCUUCAUAGACUUUGUGGAAAGGAAUUUUUUUAAAUCAAAUUCCGAAGAUGCAAAAUCUUGGAGUAUCGAGAAACGCAAAGAAGAGAAAGAAACUACUAGUAAAGAGAAAGAUGCUCCAGAUGAUGACACCAUUAUUCAAAUUGAAGCCGCAGAUAACAAGCUAUCCUUUGAGGGUAAACAAAAAAUCAAGCUUUUACUAGCACAGAUGGAAAUAUUUUCCAAAGUGAAAAAUCCGCGAACCUUAUAUCGAGAGUCUGAGAUCUAUAAAAUUUAUUUGGAAUUACUCUCUUCAAAAAAUCCUGAAAUUCAAAAAUCAGCUCUAAACUGCCUCUUGUCAUACAAACACAAAUACAUACUUCCAUACAAGGAAAAUCUCUACAAUUUAAUCGAUGAAAAAAGUUUAAAAAAUGAAUUAGCUUUGUUCAAAAUUGACCAAGAGAGCAAAGUUAUACAAGAUGAACACCGCGAAGGAUUACUUCCAAUUGUUAUGAGAAUACUUUAUGCCAAAAUGGUUAUGAGAACAGGAAUGCGAACUGGUGGCAAGGCUGGUGGUCUUGUUAGGAGAACUAUCAUAUUACGGUUUCUUGGUGGAACUCAAGAAGAUGAAAUGAUGAUGUUCAUAAGUAUGGCGUUUAAACUCUUUCAGAAAUAUGUGCCAAUUAGCACCGAUGAAAAAUUAGACCUAAAUGAGAUGGUUGCAAAUGUAAUCGACGAACUGGAUCUAUCUAACAUGAUUCCACCUAAGCGUUUACAGAGCUCUGUAAAUCUUUUAGCCUUGAUAAUUGAGCAAUUUGGAGCAAAAAUGUCAAGUAAAUUACUACCUCGCUUAAUGGGAAUACUGAUAUGUGUUUUGGCACAAGUUACUGGUAUAUCACAGCGAUCUGACAACGUCCAUUCUGGCUAUUUAUCCUCAAUAAGGAAUCUCCGUACAAGCUGUCUUGGUAUCUUAUCAAGAUUUUUUUCGCAUUACGAAAACUAUCCAUGGAUGGAGUCUGAAAUUGAUGCACUAUUUGCUGUCGGUGUUUUUCCAUGGCUUGAAAAAUUGCCUAUCGAAGGUAUUCACAGUCCUACAGUUCUUCUGAAAUUAUUCAUGGCUUGGAGUCAGAAUCCUCGUUACUAUCCUCUGUUUGCGAAACAUCAGCAUAACAAUCCAUCUUUAACGCCGUUACCUUACAUUAUACAACUUAUGCUUGGACCGAAGACUCAUGGUUCUGUCAUAAACGCGAUAAUGGAAAUGAUCGAGAAAAUGUUAACACUUCAAGAUUAUGGAAUUGUAGAGGAUAGUUGUGUGUCAAUGGAGACAGAUGCCAAAUUUCUACCAUUGAUACUAACUAACAAUAUGUUAACUGUAGAGCAGAAGAAUUCUCAUCGAUUGACCGAUAAAAUAAACUAUGGAUCUGCCCUUCUGAUGCCUCAUAUUCCAAAAAUUUUGGAACAUAUUAAAAAGAAAUUGAAAAGUAGUAGUAAAGGAGUCAAUCGAGUGGAACUCAUCGUAUUGUCACGUGUGUCAGAAUUUGUUACAGAUUCUGAGACUUGUGAUACGUUAUUGACACUUCUCUUGCCAAUUCUUGUUAAAAAAGCUAUGACAGGAUCGACUGAGGAGGUCGUUGUGCAGUUGGUAUCGACUAUUUUGAAUCUCAUCAAAAUUGUUGAACGUCCAGAAAAGCAUAUUCGACUCAUCGUCCCACUCGUAGGGGUGAUAACGGCUGUUCCAGCUAGAAAAUCAUUGAUGCUGCUGUACAAUGUUAUUUCAAAAGGAUCUUUGGAAGCACAGAGAGAUCAGAUGAUGCGGAAUUGCAAAUUAUUAAUGGAUCUAAAUGCUUGGGAUAGUAAAUGGAUCGAUCAGCCAGAUUUUGAGAAACGAUUAGACGCGUUCAAAGAGGUCAACACAUUACUGGAUGAAGACAGUCUGACAUUGGAAUUCGGAACGGCAAUAAUAUACAACUGCUUUUUUUUCUUAAAAAAUGAAAAAGAUCUCGCUCUACGAGACAUGUCUGGACAGUGUUUGAAAACGAUAGCACCAAAAUUAGUUAGGAAAUACACAAAUAGUCAUACUGAGAAACAUUAUCUUAUAGACGACACAAUACUAUCGAUUGUUCGAAAUGGGAUUCGGGAUAAAAAUGAAAUAGUGAGAAACCAAUCCAUCGCUCUCUUGGGACAAUUGGCAAUGGAAUGUGCUGAUGUACAUCCUGUAUUUCGAGAUCUUCACCCAUUGACAAACAAAGCUGAUCCUGAAGUUGACUUUUUUGAAAAUCUUCAACACUUGCAACUGCAUAGAAAAGCGCGUGCUUUACUCAAGUUUUCUGCUAUUGCCAAAGGCUUAAAACGAGCUCCUAAUCCCAAAACAUUGACACAAUUUAUUUUGCCUCUUGCAUCCUCUUAUUUGUGUUCGGAAACUUUUGCCAAUAAAAAUAGUAUUGUUGAUGCAGCUAUUGAAACUGUAGGCACAGUUUGUAGACUCCUACCUUGGCACCAGUACGAAGUUAUCUUGAAAUACUAUUUAGAUAAAUUGAGAUCUUCCACUGAAUUUCAAAAGCAGACCAUACGAACUGUUGUUGCUAUAUUAGAUGCGUUUCACUACAACCUUUCCAAGUAUAAAGAACCUGAGAAUACCGUGGCAGUCACUACGAAUCAAGAAGAACUCAAACAACAAGAUAUCUCUGUGAGUGAUGAAGGGGAGAAUAUCUCCAAUUCUAUCGCUGUCACGGAUGAAAAUUUGGAUGAAGCACUGGCAACUGAGUUGGAUUCUGAUGAACAUGAGCCAAAAAUUAAUGCAGAUGUGCAAACAGAUAUUCCAGCGAUUCAGAGAGAAUUAACUCUUUCACAAUCAGCUGCCAGAAGACUUGUCUUCAGUAUAUCAAAGGGGUUGUUGCCUCAGUUACAUCGGUCUAUUAUGGCACGAACUCAGCAUGAAAAUAGUCACAAAGUAAAUCGUAAAAAAACGGGCUUUGAAAGAGAGGAAGAGGAGAUAUUAAGGGUGCCGAUUGCACUUGCUGUUGUCAAACUACUUCAGAAAUUGCCUGAAGGUAUCCUGGAGCAAAAUUUACCUGGAGUCCUGAUGAAAUUAUGCACAUUCCUCAAGUCUCGAUUAGACUCUGUGAGACGUGUUACUCGCGAGACUAUGCAAAAAAUCAUGAUCACAUUAGGACCUGCAUAUCUACAUCAUCUGCUAACAGAGAUGAAUGGGUUACUGACCAAAGGAUUUCAAGUUCAUGUUCUUGUGUAUACUAUACAUGCAGUCCUUGUUUCAUUGAAACCAUUUUUCAAACCACUCGAUAUUAAUCAAAAUUUGCAGAGUAUUCUAUCGGUAUGCAAAGUAGACCUAUUCGGUUUGACAGCUGAAGAAAAAGAGAUUGCUGGCGUUGUUAAAAACGUCUCUGAAGCAAAAGUGACAAAAAGUUUCGAUAUUUUCCACAUUUUAGCUCAAUACAUAACUGAGUCUUGUCUGCUCGACCUUGUUAUGCCCUUAAAAGAUGCUUUGCUAAAAACACAUUCAUACAAAAUUAUUCGAAAGGCAGUAGAGUGUCUUAGACGAGUUGUUUUAGGUCUAGCUGAUAAUAGUUUCAUAGAAAUAGACAAGAUGCUCAUGUUUCUUUACGGUGUUGUUUCUGAAAGCAUACCCGAUCUUCUACCAACUGCUCAAGCCAAAAAAAUGACCCCAAAAGAAGUUGAAAUAAGGGCCCGCCAAAAACCUGAUUGCUUCAUCGUUGCACCUGAACCAAAAAAUAGGAUGGGUGUAAAAGCUAAAGCUAAGACUUCUAUUAACACCAAUGCUCAUGUUAUGGUAGAAUUCGGUCUACGGUUGUACCACAUUCUAUUAAAACGUGACCGCAUUUCUGCGCCUGAAUUCAAAUCGUACUUGGAUCCUGUAGUAUCCAUAUUAAGCGAUUGUCUGAAGUCACAGCAUGUCAAGUUAACAACGCUUGCUCUUCAGUGCCUCAACUGGAUACUUAAAAUGGAUCUUCCAUCUGUUAGGACGCAUGUAACUGAAAUUUGUUCAUCGAUGUUUCAAAUCCUGCAUAAAUAUGCAGCAGCAGGUUUAAGCAAAGGGGACAAUUUUGAUCUGGUAAUGUCAGCCUUUAAAUGUAUGUCGGUGCUCGUGCGAGAUGUAAAACACUUUACUAUCAGCCCCGAACAACUAAAGAUACUGAUUCUCUAUGCGGAACAAGAUUUACACGACUAUGAUAAGCAAAGUACUGCCUUCACUUUACUCAGAGCUAUAUUGAAUCGUAAAUUAAUCGUACAUGAGAUGAAUGAUGUUAUGGAGAAAGUUGCUAAACUUAGCAUCACAUCUGAGCUGGAUCAUGUGCGGCAACAAGCACGAUCAAUAUUUCAUAUAUUUCUUAUGGAGUAUCCAUUGGGGAAGGUUCUUGAAAAGCACUUAUCUUUUUACCUAACACAAUUAAAUUACGAACUGACACCUGGAAGACGAAGUGCUCUAGAAAUGAUCCAUGGCAUCAUCACAGGAUUUCCAUUGACUGUGUUAUCGCAGCAUGCAGGAUUGUUUUUCCUGAUGGUUGGUGCCAGAUUGGUCAACGACGAUGAUCCAGAGUGCAAAAAACUUUGUGCCAAAUGUAUAAAAGAAAUGAUCAGUCGAUUACCUCACAAUGAUAGAAGUAAACUGUUUGAUAUCGUCAUUCUCUGGCUCAAAGACACCAAAAUUUCUCAUAAGCGGCUUGCUGCGCAGCUUUGUGGCAUUUUUAUUACUGUAGAAAAAAACGAAUUCGAAGCACAUCUCACUGAACUGCUUCCUCUUAUUUUGAAACAAUUCACCGACGACAACUCCGAUGAUUCAGAACCAGGUCGUUUUGUGAGGAUAAGACCACAUCAGCACACGACCAUGGAAGAUGAUAAAAAGAUGGAUUAUUCAGAGAGAAUGAGGGAUCAUCACUUGUUUCAAGUCUUACAGAUGCUAUUAAAGUUAGCAGCUAACUGUCCAAAUUUAUUGAAAAGUACUAAAUACGAAGACACCGUAUCCAUGUUGGCUGCGCACAGCCAAUCGUUACUUGCCCAUCCUCAUCUUUGGGUUCGUCUAGCAGCAGCACAACUGAUUGGUUUUAUUUUAGCGGCUACAGACGCGGAUAAAGUAGCCACACUCCUUGAAAAUCCCUCAGAAAAUGUAGGACGAAAUGGUUUUAUAUACGCCGACCCGAUUCCUACUUUAAAAAGCUUGGCUCUGGAUUUAACUGCACAACUUCAGCCUGAUUUACUUUUUGAAGAUCUUGCUGAUCAGGUUGUCAAAAACUUGAUUUUCGUUGCGCGAGUUGUCAAAUCGGUCGGCAUCAAAGACCAAAAAAAGUUGGACGAUUAUUCAAACGCAGAUAAUGACAUUGAAAGAAUUUCUCUGUUCUGGUUGGUCAAAAGAAUGAGGAAAGUUGUAAAUUUAGAAGUCACGCAAUCCCCAAAAUCUACUGUUAUGAGGACCGCUGUGUUCAAAUGGAUUGCUGGCGUUGUAGCAACCGUCCCAUUCGAAAAUUUAACUCCGGUGUUGUUUCACAUGAUGUCACCAUUGGUGAGGGAAAUGGCAACGACUGAAGAAUCCAAUGCACCGUUACGCCAUUUAGCAAAAGACGUUUCAACAAUGAUAAAAAAGGGCCUCGGUAGUGAGGAAUAUUCAAAACUCUUGAGCAAAGUUCAACAAAAAUUAGAUAUGAAGAGAGCCGAAAAAAAGAAACAACGUACACAAGAGUUUGUAACAGAUCCAGAGUUGGCUGCAAAGCGUAAAAUCGCCAAGCAACAGAAGAAGAAGGAGGCGAAGAAACGAAAAAUGGAAACUAUGAAGGGUAGAAGAACGCUCGGUAAAAGACCCAGGAAAGAUAUAGAUUUCGAUGCAAUGUAAAAUAUUAGCCCUUUUAUCUUGUAAAUAAAUAGUUUUUGUUUA